AUGUCGUCCCAAGGUGGUCCGGAGAGCGAGCCAGCGCUCAGUCUCCGGAUCACCCACAUCACGACCACCAUGGCCGCGCCGCUACCGUCCCUGCGCUCGCUGUACGUACCCUCGACGCUGCCGACUGCCGUGCCGCCCGGCCUCAACCCGAGCGCCAUGCCCGUAAUUCGCAUAUUCGGGACCACGACCGCCCAGCAGAAGAUAUGCGCAAACGUCCACAUGUGCUACCCUUACUUCUAUGUGCCGUUCCCCAUGGACUCGAUCGACCCGCUCAGGCCGGAACGCGUCGUCAAACUGUGCCAGCGGUUUGCGGUCAGUCUCAACCAUGCUCUAUGCCUUGCACUGCGGCAAAACCCUAGUGGAAAGUCUGCAGCGGCCAACUUUGCCGGCGGGACCGACACCAAGCACCUCCAUGUUGUCAGCGUGCUGCUCGUCAAGGGCAUCCCGUUCUAUGGGUAUCAUAUCGGCUACUCGUACUUUCUUCGAGUUACACUCGCCAACCCGAAACGAAUUUAUCUUGCAAUGGAACAACUCCGCAAGCCUGUGGUCCUCGGUCAGGAGUGGCAGCCCCACGAGGCGCACCUGUCUCACGUUCUCCAGUUCAUGUGCGACUUCGACCUCUACGGAUGUGGCAUGCUCAAUCUCAGCGGAGGCAAGUUUCGUGGUCCUCUACCCGUGGACGACGAAGAAUCAGAAGGGUUGCAUGGGAGAAUAACAGAAUCGACUGCUCCUGCACACAUGCUGUACCCUGUUGGAACAGAACCUCCGAAGGACACACACUCGACCCUGGAGAUCGAUGUUCUCCCUCACCAGAUUAUGAACCGGAACAGGUUGCAGGAACGACCACUACACCAAGAUUUUAUCGAACUGCUUCAUCAACCGUUACACCCGGAGGAAAAGCUCGUGCCGGCUAUGAAGGAGCUGUGGGAGGAUGAGCGCCGCCGGCGGAUGGCCAAGGGACUCGGUACGAGCGAAAUCGCCAUGCUCCCCGUCAGUGGUGGCGGCCGCGGACGAACGAUGGAAGAGCUGGGGUACAAAGUCGAUGGCAAGGAGGUUGAAAACCGCGGCGGUGACUGGAAGAUCUCUGAGGAGCUGUGGGAGUUGCUUCAAGAUCGCAUGGAUAUUGAGAGGAGGCGGAGUCGUACCUUGACAUUUGACCGGUUCUCACGAGACUUGGCGAAUGGCAAGGAGGGAGAGCGCAAACUUUAUGAUAAGUGGAUCAUGACAACCUUUGAAGCUGUGACCUCGCAUUGGCCAAAGACCGCACGCACACAACGGACACAGCGAUCUGUACGCUCGGCCGCCACUGUCCGUGGGGCGUCGUCACCAGGAGCACCUACCUCGUCCCCGCCGCCACCGACGUCCCCGAUACCGGAUGAUGACGAUGAUGAGGAGGCCAACCCCUUCGAUAUCGCCGCGACGCAGGCAGCAUCUCAGGGACCUCCUCUGGAGGCAGAGGUCGACGCGAACGCCGUGACGACAGAUGUCAGCGAGGGGCAGGAUACAAAAGACGAGGAGGCGCUUCACGAAGAAACGGCAAAGUUGCAUGCCCGCCAGAGCCAGCACUUUCGAGCUACUCAGCGCGUGAUCGACGACUUUGAGCUCGACGACGAAGCUCUCGACGAGCUGUUCCGGCAAACUGUGCCUGUACAGAACACGACGCCAAAGCGGGAUCGGUUUAGCACGCCGACGAGUGCUCCACCUUCGACGAUCAAGAAGGAAUCCCGAGUCCGCAGGGUGGCAGAGGAGGCUGGCUUCGCAGACUUGAACUCCAUCGACAUGUCGUCGUCGUUCGCCUUGUCAUCCCCAGUCAACCCCUACGCCGGCCCCCAGACUCCAACGAGGCAGAAGAGUGUAACCACAGCCCAGGUGACACUUCCUAGCUCGCUGGUUCGAAACAUCUUCGCAAGAUCCCGGUCGUCCGUGUCGGCCUCCCCAAUCCAAUCGCCGUCUAAGAAGAGGGUAUCUCCCAACACAGUCAUGCUUCCGCAACCUAAGCGGUCCUUUGCGAGGUUGUCACCAACGCCACAACCGAGCUCUCAGGCGCCACAGGCGGCUUCUAGCCCCCUGAUUCCCGCCAAACGACCUAUCCACGUGCUGAGUGAGAUCAAGGCGAGGAGUGUGGAGAUCCCAGCGACCCCCCUCCCAAAUGGACAGGCCACACCCGCAUUGCCCAAGCAAGUGAAGCCGGCAUUGACACCUACGUUUGUGGACCCAGACGUGUUCGGCUCGACGCCGAUAACAAGGUCCAAGAAGAGGGCGACCAUUUCCACAGCUUCGGACUCCGGGUCCACACCUGCCACAGGGAGGUCGAAGAAACGAGUCAAAAUCUCCAGCGCUGAGGACACCGCCUCGCAAGAAGUCGCUCCCCGUAAUCCAUCUCAGGCCGUACCUACCAACUCCACCACAGCAGACACCUCUGUCCAGUCGUCUGGCUCGAAAGCCGGUCUGUCAUCAACCGCAUGGACAUUCCGCGAGCCUCCACCCACUCGCGGGGCGAUUGCCGAUACGAUGGAGGAGAAUGGCGUCGACUCGGUCGUGUAUCACGACCCCUUCUACUCCAACUCCGCUGACGUGCCCCUCCGCCCCAAGCUCUUCGCUGGGCGGCUCUUCAACGUCAAGGGGAAUGGGGUCGCAGAUCUACAGGAUUUUCAAGCGAGCAUCGCAACCCCUCGCCCCUGGCUCAAGUCAAGGCGGUUCCUUCCAGCGACAGCACGCCAUGGAUGGGAAUACGGCCCACCGCCACCCACCCGCCGUGAAGUGCUCAAAUAUUUUGGCCAGGACGAAACGAAACCCACCCAACGGCUCAAACGAAAGUCACAACUCGCAGUGCCGACCCAGAAGAACAAGUAUGGAUACAAGCUCUCGCAGAAGAAACAGCAGCGUGAAGGCAGGAACAUGUCGGUGCUGUGUCUUGAGGUCUUUGCUCCGUCUCGCGGUCAGCUCCUCCCUGACCCAGAGAAAGACGAAAUCGAGGCCAUCUUCUACUGCUUCCAGAAUGAUGACGAGAGUUUACUCGACUCGACAAUUCAUGCCGGAUACCAUGCUGGCUAUGUUAUCAUCGACGGACCGCAGACCACCAGUCGCCGGGCGAAGCUGGACGGCAUACCCGUCACCUAUGUCGAGAGCGAGCUCGACCUGAUCAACUGGGUGAUUGACACCACCCGCGAAUGGGACCCCGACGUCCUCACUGGCUGGGAACUGCACAACUCUUCCUGGGGAUACAUCUCUGCGCGUGCCGACAAGGGCUUCAGCAUGGACCUCAUGAGCGAGAUCUCGCGCAUGCUUGGCGGCGGAGGAUUCAAUCGCAAAGACGGAUACUCGGCCCACCACACAUCCACGUUCAAGGUCGAAGGAAGACAUGUACUCAACAUCUGGCGAAUUCUGCGUUCGGAGGUGACGCUCAACCAGUACACGUUUGAGAAUAUCGUGUUUCACGUUCUGCACCAAAGGAUACCGCGCUACUCGGCUGGCAAUCUCACCGCACUGUGGCGGAGUAAAACGCCGGGCCAUACGGCCCUUGUGCUCCGAUACAUGUUCCAGCGCGUGGUGAUCUACGCAGAGCUCCUGGACGCUGCCGAGAUCGUCUCAAAGAACACAGAGUUUGCGCGCGUCUUCGGCGUCGACUUUGACGCGGUCAUCUUUCGUGGCUCUCAAUUCAAGGUCGAGUCGUUCAUCUUUCGCCUCGCGAAGCCCGAGUCAUUUGUCAUGGUCUCGCCAUCAAAGCAGCAGGUAGGGCUGCAGAACGCGCCGUUUGCGACGCCUCUCAUUGCCGAACCCGAGUCAAAGUACUACAACCACCCAAUUGUCGUUCUCGACUUCCAGUCGCUCUACCCGUCGGUCAUGAUCGCAUACAACAUCUGCUACUCAACCUGCCUGGGCCGGGUGGAGAAGUUCAAAGGGACUGACAAGUUUGGCUUUACCGAGCUCAAGGUCGCAGACGGCAUGAUCGAGCUACUCAAAGACUACCUCACUGUCACUCCGAACGGCAUGGUCUUCGUUAAACCCGCGGUGCGCAAGUCGCUGUUGGCUAAGAUGCUCGGCGAGGUGUUGGACACGCGAGUCAUGGUCAAGAAUGCCAUGAAGGGAGCAAGGGGUGACAAGUCCCUAACGCAGAUGCUCAAUGCGCGCCAGCUAGGCCUGAAGCUCAUGGCCAACGUCACCUACGGAUACACCAGCGCAACGUUCUCCGGGCGCAUGCCGUGCAUCGAGAUCGCCGACUCCAUUGUCCAGACUGGGCGGGAGACACUCGAGAAGGCACAGGAGCUGAUCCAUUCGCGCGCCGACUGGAACGCAACUGUUGUGUAUGGCGACACAGACUCGCUGUUCAUCUCCCUUCCCGGCCGGAGCAAGGAGCAGGCGUUCAAGAUUGGCCACGACAUUGCCGACACGGUCACGGCCAUGAACCCCAAGCCCGUCAAGCUCAAGUUUGAGAAGGUUUACAUGGGCUCGGUUCUCAUGGCCAAGAAGCGCUACGUGGGUUUCAAGUACGAGCACCCGGACGAGACGGAGCCCGUAUUCGACGCAAAGGGUAUCGAGACGAUCCGCCGCGACGGCUUCCCCGCGCAGCAAAAGAUGGAGGAGGUGUGCCUCAAGAUGCUGUUCCGCAACCAGGACCUGAGCGAGAUCAAGGAGUUUUGCAGACAAGAGUGGACCAAGAUCCUCCAAGGAAGGGUCAGCCCACAGGAUUUUAUCAUCGCCAAGGAGGUGCGCCUGGGCACAUAUUCCGAGAAGGGCAUUCCACCACCAGGCGCAGCAGUCGCAUACCGCCGUAUCCUCAAGGACCCGCGCGACGAGCCGCAGUACGCCGAACGUGUCCCCUACGUGAUCAGCAACGCCGAAGGGCGGCGCCUGAUCGACCGUGCGCGCAUGCCCGAGGAGAUGCUGGCCAACCGGUCGCUGGGCAUCGACGCAGAGUACUACAUCCGCAACCUGCUGAUCCCUCCCCUGGCGCGCAUCUUCAACCUGGUUGGCGCCGACGUCGAGCAGUGGUACGACUCGAUGCCGAGGCAGAAGCGGGCGGGCAAGUACGGCGCGCUGGGCGGCUUGCGCAUCGACUCGCACUUCCUCUCGGCGCACUGUCUCGUGUGUGGCGGCGAAGGAGGCCAAGUGUGCGACGAGUGCCGCCAGGCUCCGGCCGAGAGCGCCGAGGCCCUCCUCCGUGCCGAGCACGACGCCCAGAGCCACCUCCUCGACCUGCAGCGUAUCUGCGCCGGCUGCUCUGGCACCCCGGCCGGCGAGCGCCUGCUCUGCGACUCGGUCGACUGUCCCGUCAUGUACACGCGCGUCGCGGCCGAGCGGGACGCGCAGGAUGUCGGCCGCGCGCGCGAUCUCGUCUCCAAGCUCGACUGGUGA